AUGGCGACCGAAAAUCGAAGUGAAUCGACAGCGUGCGCACAGCAAACCAACAGCCAGGUUCAGAAUGGAACAGCGGGGAAUAACGAGCAACAAAAUGGCCAGCCUCAACAGCAACAACAGCAAGGGUCAAUUUGGAAAGGUCUUCUCUUUCGGAUGUUCAUUUUUUGGAUGAUUUCGAAUCUGUUUCGUGGCCGGCAGCAGAGUAGCAACACGAACACUGUGGCAUCCACGAACAUGUUCAAAACGGAUCAGAAAAUAGUAAGCUUAAGUUAUAUGUUUCUUCAGCGUUAGUUACUUGGUUUUUUAUUUGAAAAGAUCUGUUGAUUUGUUUGAUCCGUUGUGUUUAUUGGCGAGUUUCUGUGGACUUCCUAUUAAAGACCGGCAUUUUCAUCCCAAAACUUACAACUUACAGAUCAAAAGAAAACACCACUUUCCUAUUUGUUUAAAAGAGUUAACGUAGUUCAUAACAGAUUUGUAAUCAAGAACUGGGCAGAAACACAAUAUUUAAGAAUGUUUUCCCGCUAUUAUACUUUGUUCGUUAUAUGGAGGUUUGAUCGUUACAUAAAUUACUUGGACAGGUGUUAAUUUAUUCUUUUUGUGCGUGUGGUUUUACUAAAAAAUAUAUUUAGUGGUACUGUAGCUUUAACCUUUUCAAACGAUAAAAAUAUCUUAAUUGUCAAUGGUAAGAAUUAGUCAUUGUUCCUGGAAUCAACACAAUCCUUUUUUUGAGUCAGUUAAACCUUCACUGCCAGAGUGGAUGAUGGAGUUUGUGAGGUGGUUCUAACUUUUGAGUCUGUGGACAAAAUCCUAUGGUGCAACCAUUCAAAUGAAAUCUCUUUGAUAGUACUUACAUGUGGUGUUAUUUGUUUUAAAAAAAUUUACAAAAUAAAAUUUGGGAUUUUUGUCGAAUUUGCCUUUGGUCAUAUUUGACAGUGAAAGGGUUAAGGUGGACAAGGCAGCACACCAAUAAUCAUAACAUGGCAUUUCAUCCUUGACCUGGUACAGAUCCUGUAUUUGUUUGAACCUCCAGUUUACCUGGGGUAACAAUAACCAUAAAAUAACAUGUAUCAGGUCAUGAUGCCAUGAAUAAAUGCCUGGCAUUUCUUCAAGAUCCAGUAUUGAAUUGAGAAAAUACCAUAUAACUGAUUACCUUUUACACAAACCACCUGGGUGGAAAUCUUGCGCAUAAACAUAAAACUAUAAGAUUUGACGUGGUGGGAGAACAACCCACCAAAGAGUAGAAAAAUUGCACUCCCUAAAAUCACAGCCCAUGUUUUCUCAUGCUUCCCAAACAGAGUGGCAUGUACCAUUUGAAUUUCCAAAUGCAAUUUCCGUUUUUUCCUUGUAAAUGGCCAGCAUGCACCCUUGGUUGUAUAUAAAAAAAAUUUCUUUUCAUGAAAUCUUGUUCUCAAAUCCAGAGAUUUUUCAAAAUCAUUGUUAAAAAAGUUAUUUUGAUAAGUCUACAAAAUAAUUAAAAAUUUCUGCAAUUGCACAUAAUUAUAACAAUAAUUAUUGGUUCAUACAUUUGUAGGAACUUUGGGUAUAUUUGGCAGAGGAGAAGCACUUCACAGAUUUCAACAAUACUGAAAAACUUAUCUGGCAUGAAAAGGAAUUGAAAUAUGGCAACUGGACGGAUGGCCCUCUAAUGGAUGGGACUCGGUUAUUCAGCACCACAAUCCAGGCAUCUGAGGUGAAAGAUAUUUCUUUGUAAAGUCAGUCUUAAAUCCAGUUCAGAUUUUGAACUAUUCAUGGGCUUAUUUCUAUUCAGGUGGACUCAGAUGUCAAACUUUCUCAGCCAAUAUCAGUGCAAUUUGGAGAAAGGCUUUGUAAUAAAAUUUUAAGUGUAAGAUUCAGCACAUGAAUUUAUUGCUUAUCAUCUGAAACAAAUCCAUUCCAAAGUCAAAAUUUCUGGCUGAGCCAGGCAGGAUAAUGACAGGCCCAAUCGAAAAUAUCAAAAUAGCCAUGUGUGAUUGUUUCAGAUGCCAAAUGUUUCUACUAGUUAACUUAAUAUAUUAGGCUUGGCUCAUGAAAAGUUUGGUGCCUGAAUUUGGUUAAAGAAAGACACAAUUCAAACUUGAUUAAUGCAACUGAAACAAAUUGUAGUAUUUCAGCACGGGAUGGAUGCAAGACUGAACCAUCUGCUCAGAAAAACAGUUCAUAAAAUCCUAAAUGUAAGGGCUUCAUGAUGGAAUCUGGUUAUUUCUAGUGUUUUUUACACAGUCCAUGAUACUGACCAAUCUUCAACACCAUAAAACAAUGCCCUUUCCUUUCUCUGUUUAGAGUUCCAAGAUUGGUGUUAAAACAAUGGAAAUUAAUGCUGUACUUAAUAAACGUCAGGGAAAUUAAAAUUUAACAAAAUUAAUCUGACUUACAUUAAAGCAAAUUUUAAUGAUUUGUGUUAAUGUCCUAUUAAUAAUAAGGUAAUAAUUUCAUUGUAUAAAAAUAGAUGUUCUCUCUUGUUUUUACUUUUCGUUUGUUUUGGGUGACCUGUUAGAUGGUGAGAGUACAUGUCGGUGGGAUAUAUCUGCAUCUUAAAAAGAUUUUUUCCUUUUUCUUGACUUUGUUUAUUCCAGUUGAUAAUAAUUUUCAAUUUGACAGUGUCUGCCUUGCCAUUCGAGGGCAGAUCUAGGGAGUGAGGGGAGGAGGAGGUCCUACUUACUACAGACACAGUUCUUGCUUGUUAUCACUCAUACACUCCAACCUAUAGUCACGUCACGCUUUAUCUGAGGUGAACUCCACCCCAUCCUUCCGGUCUAACGCUUUCCACUGUAUACAGCAAUAUUAUCUCUGGAAUAAAUCUUAGUCCUGAGAUGCUGAUACUGUAUGCUGUACUUCUCAUGAACCUAAUCAAAUUCAAUGAAUUACGUUCAUGUUUGUAUGGUAUCUGAAUCAAUUCAAAACAGCUAAUGCAAUUUGGAUCGACUCAGCUGUUUUUCAUGCCUGUCUCAGCUGGGAAUAACAGCAUUGAUUCAGAUGCUGAACUUCACAGGUGCACCAGUGAACUGCGAUAUUUUUUAUCAUGAUACGAAUAUCGAUGUUUUAACAACAUAUGGGAAUAUUAUGAUAAUCUGAUUCUUCAUCAACAUUCAGAAAUUACUGUCUUUAAUGACUCCUUAUGCAAAUCCAAGCUUUUUUAUAGCUAUUUAUUAAACAAUGGGACAAGAAAGUUCCAUCCUUGCUUUGUAUAGCUUCGCAUGCUUCUGAUCCGACACAUUUUUUUCAAGAUGGUAGCACAAACACAUGCGUACAUUGCAUAGUUCCAAUUAGUUGUCAGCUGACAGUCUUGCAUGGGUAAAACACACUGUUCGAGAACAAGUUAGUUCUCAAUUCAAGUCUUCAAGUCGUUCAAAAACAGGUUAAACACACAUUUCUUAUUUCCUAAUUUUAUUUUAAUUUCAAUCAUUUUAAUGAUUCUAUCGACAGCUGUUAAAUACAAUCAGUGCAACAAAUAGAUACUGUAGCUUCUUACUAUGAAUGACUAUUUCUUGAGUUUAUCACACUAUAAUUGUGCUCUGUUAUUGACAAUUUUAUUUAUUACCAUGCUUUGUUAUGAAUGGAAAUAAAUGAUUUCAAAGCAGUUUAGUAAGAUUAUGCCACUUGUCCAUUUUAUGUAAUGAUCUAUCGAACCGUGUAUCAUAUCAUUGGUUCGGUAUCGAGACAUGUAUUGUAUGGUGAGAAAAUGUAUGGUUGCAACCCUACUCUUGAGCCAAACCAAAUGCAUAAUUUUUAAAAAAUGUAGUUUACUGAAAUGCAAAUAUUUUCCCUUUUGAAUUUAGUUCAGCGGGAAUAAAGUUCAGUGUCGCAAUCAAUCUGGCUGAGUCAGCUUAAAUCCGAAUUUGAUUCGGCUCAUGUGAAGUACGGCAUCUAAACUGGACCUUUUUGUUGUGGUUUAACAUGUUUGUAACAAUGAUUCUUUUGACUUAACAGAAAGUUCAGAACAAUGGAACACUUUAUAUUCAUGUUUACAUAACCAAAAGUGGAAGAUUUCCAGAUCCCUUGCAUCCCAAGUUCAACAGGGUGGCUGUUGUAAAUAGAUCUAUGUGUAAGUACCGGCCUCAGUGUCUUUCAUGGAGAGCAAACUUAAUCAAUGUUAGCUAUUGUAUAUCCCAGUCACUGGAUACAUUUAUGAAUAGUUUUAAUCGAUGGUUCUGUGUUUAUAGAGUUAAAAUUCAUGUGGCUUACUUUAAGUCACUAGUGUAGAAUUUUUUUAUAAAAGAAGUUCCGAUUAACUUAUUUCUUGUGCGGUGAUUUUUUUCCUUAACAAAACUAAGCCAUUAGCAGAGUGGUUAGAUCUCCUGUACUGAUGUCUCUGUGCUUUUGAAAAGUAAAGCCUGUCAUUUUAUUCCCUUAGCAAUCUCUAACGGGAACAUGUUCUAUUUUUUCUUUAGUGUUGACAGUGUUCAGGAAGAAACGAGUUCACAAAACAGUGAAUUUGUUGACUGGCAAAGCUGAUGCCAAUCCAGAUAUUGUAGAUGUGGUUAGUUUGGAUGUAAAAUAACAUUUGUUUACUUACCUGGUAUUAACUUUUAAAACAUUGGUAAUCAGACAGUACGCUAGAUCCCUUUAGAUAUAUCCUUUCGAGUGUAACUAAUACGCGAGCCUGCGAUCCUGACCCAUUUUUUGGGAGCCUCGAGCCUCUCUUUGCAAGCCACUGUUUUUUGCAAAAUCUUUCUAUUUUUUAUUAUUUUUACUUUUGUAACCCUUGGUCACCUUUCUUCCUCAGAGAUUUUUAACAGGGUAGACUUCUAUCUACAUGUAUAGUAAGAAAAUUUAGACCUUUUGUCCAGUGGGUGUUUUCUGUUAAUUUGAUAGUACUGACGUUAAGGGGAAGCAUAAAAUACAAUCCUAGGUUACUCCAAAACUGAUAUUAAAUGCUCUCUUUUGAUUUAAAAGCAUUCAGAAGGGGAAAUUAGAAGGUGAAUCUGGUUGUUGAUGUGAAUUCAUUUAUGGAUGGGCUUCUUUCUGGCAAUCCACCCUUCCCAUUGUUAAUUUUCAUUUUGGUUCUUUCCCUCUACAGCAAUCGCCAGAAAGUAAAAAACCCGCUGAAAUUAUUUCAUACUGGCACCCAAACCUCACAAUCAACCUAAUGGAUGAUCAGACACCUUGGGUCCAGGGCUCCGUUCCACAACCGAUGGAUGAGUGUAUGUCAUGAACUUUCCCUUCUGUUUUGCUUUCUAUUUUUCUUUGAUUUGGUGAUGAAGAAAGAUGGUAAAAGCUUUGAGUGGAAUCAUUUAAUUGUCUGAUUUGUCUGUCAAUAUAUUUUUGUUUGUUUCAGUUCUUAUUUUUGAAAACAUCACCGGCAAAUACUAUCCUCUUUUGUACCUUAACAAGUACUGGAAUCUAGCAAGUGAUUACAUGCCAAUCAAUGAGACAACAAAGUAAGUUUAAAAUAAAUCAUUUUUCUUUGAUGAAUUUUGAAAAGGGUAGGGCUUGUCUUUAGUAUAUAAAAAUGCUAAUGCCACUGCACUUCUGUGCAUUCAGUCAUGGAGUGCGUUAAAGCAGAACCCAAAACUCCUAAAAACUUUAUUCACACAGGGACCCCAUGUGCAUAUGAAAUACACUGAACCUUAGUAUGCUCAUCUUAAUAAGAUGUCUCCUCAUAGUCUGUGUGGAUGGGUGGGGAGGAGUGGGGAGGGGAGGGGAGGAGUGGGAAGGGACAGGGAGAAGUGAUUUAGGUCCCAUGCUUUUGUGCCUGUGUUACAGGUUACACCCUUUCUUCAGUCUUGAAACCAUGUGAAGCUUGUAAUGUUGUAUUUUAUUUUUCUUGCAGGACCCUUGAGUUACAUCUAACCUACAGCCCCAUAUCACUGUUCAAAUGGCAAAUGUAUGAAUCUCAGAGAAUGAGACAGAAAUGGUUUUCAUUGUUAGGCGAUGAACCAGAACAGACUGAAGAGGAACAGGAUUCUAUUAAGGUAAAUUUCCAGAAAUAUGGGGAGAGAAUAACAAACAACGACACUGCUACCUGAUCAUGCCCUUGUUAAAAGUACCUUUUAAAUGAAUUGCAGACAUCCUUUGUAUAAAGUUACUACCUUUUGCAUUGAUUGUUUUACUAUAGUUUGUCUAACAGAAAAUAAAAAAAGGCAGGAAAAAUGCUUUUAACUUCAGCAGGGUCAGCUUUUUCAGUAGAGCUUUCUUCCGCAGAGUGGGUUGUUGGUUUGAUUCCUGUGAUUGGACCAAUAAAAGGUCUUAAAAUCACUGAGUAAGAAGUUGCUGCCUUUACCGCGCAAAUGCCUACACUUUUACAUUAUUCAGCUUAGUGCUUUUGUGCUAGAAACGUUUACACUUACAUUAUGUUGUUGUUGUUGUGUUUUUUUGCGUUAACAACUCUUUUCUGUUUGGAUACAAGAUACUUUGCUAAUAUGUUCCUUUUAUUAAAAAAAAGUUCAAAAACUGUUGAAAAGACAAUGACAUUUUAAUGUGGAGCUAAUGUCAUAUCUAUCAAGUCAAAAAAUAAGAGUCUGUUGCAAAAUGUAAAUACUAAAUUAUACCUGCCAACUCUCACGCCUUAGGCGUGAGUCUCGUGCCUGCGGGUUGAAAACUUCGAUCUCACGCCGGCUCACGCUUGUGGGCCAAUUUCUCAUGCCUGCUUGAAAAAUGUGAGUUGUGGCCGUCUUGCUUGACACAAUUUCCAAAAAUAUGUUAACUCAGACCCAUGUAAGGAAUGAAAACCAUGUGUAAAAUGAAUAAAUGACAAUACCUUCCUCGCGAUCUCUGAUUUUUGAAGUGAAAAGCAAGUGAAAACUUCAAAGGCGCGGACGUCUUUGGAAGACUUUGGACUUCUUCGGGAAUCUUCGGAAAUGAUCGUGUCGUCUUCAAAAAUCCCAGCACUCCCAGGAUAAAAAUCUCAUGCUUAUAUCUCAGAAAAAGUUGGCAGGUAUACUAAAUAAACAAUGCUACACUUGCUAUUGGAGCAGUAUUUUAUAUCCAAAUGUUUAUCAAAAUCACUUCAACUCCUUUCUUACUCAGACUUUGCUCAGUAACCUGCAUUGUAGAACCUGACUGGUCCCCUUGUUGCUAGCCUGCGAACAGCAGACGCAUUUCGGUCGUCGCUUCUCUCCCUCCGAAAAAUAGCGUCUGCGAUCUCGAGCUCCAAAACGAUUUCCGUGACGUCAGUAUUUCUUCACCAAUCAGAAUUCGGCUCUUAUUUUUGAGGAGCUAACACGCGUGGGCAUUACGUGGCUUUACGUGGGGAUCUCGAUAUCCGCGAGAAAACCAAAAUGGCGGAAGAUGGGGAGAGUUCGCUGGACAACGCGUUUGUCAAAGUAUGCGAUAUUUUCGGCUUUGAGAAGCUUAACAAGCACCAGGAAGAAGCAAUUCGACAAGUAGUGGAACUAAAAGUCGAUGUGUUUGUCAAUUUGCCGACUGGUUAUGGAAAGUCUGUUGUGUUCCAAGCUUUACCUACGGUAUUUGCUUCGGUAGAUAAAUGCGAGAAGAAUAUUGUAAUCGUGAUUUCUCCGUUAAUUAAUCUUAUGAAAGAUCAAGUGAGUCGUCUAUCUUUGCUUGGAGUAAGCGCAAUAUCGCUUAGUGAUAUCAGUUCGGCGGCGGAGAUAAAAAAGGUGGAGAGUGGAGAAUUCUCUAUCGUUUACGGAUCACCUGAAUCUUGGCUUGGCGACAUUAGAUGGCGAAGAAUGUUGGCAAGCGAAACCUACAAAUCCUAUGUGAGAGCAGUUGCCGUGGAUGAAGCGCACGUGAUUUGCCAUUGGUAAGAAAUAUUAUUAUCGCUUCAAUGAGGUUAUUCUUUCAUCGUUCUUGACUCCCGGGGAAUAGAAUUAACAGUUUUAAGUGAAAGUUUUUCGUAUACAAUUGCAUAUUUAGCAUGAUCUUACCCUAAUGUAACCUGAGAUCAGGCUCUAUUUUCGUUUCGCUUUGAAAACUACAUUCCGGCGGGCAAGGCGAAAAGCGGUAGACGUUAGAGAGAAUGUAUGAGAACCGCUCAAAUUAGGCCUGAUCUCAGGAUAACCCUAAUGUCACACAGUUGACAUUGGUUCACACGAUUUCUUCAAGAGAAUAAAGAGAGUUAUUUCUGUAUGAUGCGAUUGCAAGUUUAAUGUUAGAAGCUAUAAUACACUGGUAGUAAACAAGUAAUCAAAAGGUUAACUCAAAUGUAAUAUUGAAUCAUUUAUCGUUUUUCUAGGGGGAAAUCAAAGAGCAACAACCUUGCAGCCUUUAGAGUGUGGUUCUCUCGGUUACAUGAGAUGCGUUCAUUAUUACCACACACUCCAUUUGUUGCCCUUACUGCUACAGCCACAAAAGAUACUAGAGACACAAUUUUUGAAGUACUCAUCAUGAAAGAGCCUCACAUUGUUGAGGAAAAUCCAAACAAACCCAACAUUGCAUAUGUUGUUAAGUACAUGGAAAGGAAUGCUCGCCUUUCAGAUUAUUUUCAUUGGAUAGCCAAAGAGGUAAUUGACAAACACUCCAUGGCUACUAGAACAAUAAUUUAUUGUCAGACAAUAAAGCAGUGUGCAGUUGUGUAUUCAACACUGAAGACCCUUAUUGGGGAUAAAAUUUAUGUUGACCCACAGAACAAAGAUCUAAAAAGAGUGGUUCUUGAAAUGUUACAUUCUUGCAGCCCCAAGUCAAAUAAAGAUCUCAUUCUUGAGUCAUUUCAGUGUGAUGAAGGACAUAUCCGUAUUCUUGUUGCUACAAUUGCAUUUGGCAUGGGUGUGGAUUGUAAGAAGGUCUAUCGAACAAUCCAUUUUGGCCCAGCCAAAAAUGUAGAAAGCUACUUGCAAGAGAGUGGCAGAGCAGGAAGGGAUGGCUCUCAGUGUACCGCUUAUCUGCUCUACCAAGGAAUGCAACUUAUUCAUGUGGACCAGGACAUAAAGAGUUACAUAAAAUCAAAUGGCUGCCGACGUAAGCAAUUGCUGCAAUAUUUUGAUGUGGAUUGUUCUCCACAGAAUCCUGCGCACCUUUGUUGUGACAACUGUUCAGUCAUGUGUGAAUGUGGCACAUAUGAAUGCAAACCUCUUGCCUACCCUCUCUGUAGAGCUGAUCUCCAUCUCAAUUCAAAAAGAAAACGGUCAGCUACAGAGGAACAGAAAACUACACUGGUAAAUAAACUGGCUGCAUAUCACAAGAAGUUGCACACCAAUCUGUUACAAAGAGAUGCAAGUGGGAAAAUGAAAUUUUUCACCAACCCCAAGUUUUUGCUUGGAUUUUCUGAUCUGCAAAUUCAACAAGUUGCGGAACACUGUAAUGAAUUUUUUCUGUGUCGGACAUUUGUACUGUGGUGGAGAUAUGGGAUAUGCAGCAUGCAUUUGAAAUUCACGCAGUGAUGCAAGAAGUAUUUGGAGACAUGUUAGACAUAGAACUGAGUUCAGAAGAUGAAUGUUCCGAUGAAGAGAGUGACUUUCUUGAAAUGAUUGGAAUGAUCUUGUUGUGGACGAUGAACUUGCUAAUAUGGUUAUUGACAAUCUCAGCUUUUCUCAGUGGGAUGAGUCAGCAGAUGAAUCUGCUGAUGAGCAAGUAGACGAGGUGUUCCAUUUGCUGCUUUAAACGCAGUUUUAAAUUUGAGUUUUGAUGCAGUGUUGAACAAAUGAUACAGUGUUCAAAUCAUGAAUGUAAAUUUUGAAACAAAGUUAUGGACAAUGUAGAUAUUUGCGGUACUGUUGAGCCAACAAGACUUCUAAUAAUUUCCUAUGUUGAUUCAGAGGAUAUUAACAGUGGAAUAUAGGGUGUUUUUCUGUUGACAUUGAGGACAGACACAUUUUUUGACUUUCGAAUGGCAUCUGCUUGUACUGGUGUACCCAAUAGAGAGAUCAAAGUUUAAACAGGUGAUAUAUAUAACACUUUUUGAACAUAUAUAGAAUGUCUUGGUGCAGAGUUAUUUUCAGACAUUUUCUAGGGAAUGGGUGUAAUGUGCAGUCACAUUUAGAAACCCCGCCCAGUUGUUCAAGGUCGAUUAGUGCUUAACCCAGGGUUAAAUUUAACCCGGUUUUUUUUUUCUUUGUUUAAGAGCAUUUUCGUGGAUAAUUUUCUCCCUUAUUUUGAAGAGCAUCCAACCAUCAACUUGAUGACAGAAAGAAUUAAAGUGAAUUUACUUUUUAAGCCUUCAAAUCUUAAUUCAAAUUUAGACUAACCCUGGGUUAUUUUAACCCAGCUUUGAACAACCCGGCCCCAGAGGAUAUAUGGUAAUCUCACCUGUCAGAGUCAAUCAUUCAUUUACAUGUAUGGAAAUGAAUUUUAAUUUUUCAGAAUUUUUACGAAAUCAGUGUCUAGUUUUUCUGUUACAGAUGAAAUUUUCUAAUCAGUUUUAUUGGGGCUCACAUAUCAUUUGACGGUUUCAAAAAUAACAUCAAGAUAAAGAUUUACCACAUAACACCCUCAUUUCAUUCACUGAAUGUUAUUAUCUUUAAUUCUUUACCAGUCAGGUACAAUUUCAUUCUUGUUAUAGCCUGUUCCAGGCAUUAAGAUACAUGUAAGGUGCAUUUGAGAAUUCAAAAUAAGGUGAAAAGGGGAAGCAUUUAACUCGCCCCUAACUAUCUAGGCCCGGUUCCUCAAAAGAUAGUUACGUUGAACCCAGGAUUAAGCUAAAUUUCAGGCAAAGUUUUCUCGUCUAAGAAAAUGAGCCUUCUCUAUGACAUACAGUAACAAUAACACAAAAUGUUACCCUACACAAUGCAUAGGAAUGUAAAAUACAAAAACAGAUCAAAAUUUUUAUCCUGGAUUAACACUUAUUGACCUUUCAGGAACCGGGCCUGAAGGUCUGUAACAGGGUAUUCGUGUUAGAAAAUUCCCAAAGAUUUUUUUCUUUUACAAAUUUAAUAUAACUUAUUGUACACUCAAACCUUUAAGUCCUGCUACUAUGUGCAUCACCCCUGGUUACUUUUGUUCAUAAAGGAAAAAAAAAAAUGAAUAAUUGAACCCAACUUUAUUCUUAUACGUUCAUUUACCCUUCUAUGAAUUGCAUAAAAGUUAUUGACAGCCCAGUAGAUCUUAUAGUUAGGUUACAUGCAUUAUUCUAAGCAUUGCUAAGAUAAUAAUUUUAUAAAAAUAGUAUCCAUUGUUACUACUAUUACUUGCACACAUUUGGCAGUCCUCUUAGUAAAAAUAAAAUUCCCUAUUGCUGGCCAUACCUCCAAAAUAUCUGCAACUGGACUUGAAACUAUUAUUGGGGGGGUGGGGAGGGGGGAGGAGGGCAGAUAAUUUUGUGCCUUGUCCCCCAACACCAUCACCACCACCGUACAAACGUCUUUAAAACUUGCCACUUUGUGAUGGUAUAUUUUUACUUCAAAAUGUGCCAUUUUCCAUGAAUGUCAUGAAUAAUUUGGGCUAGGAGACAAAGAAAAUUGAAAAUCAUUUUAACCUGAAUUUAAUUUUGACCUGUAACAUAAUUUAUAUUCCCUAAUUUUGAUCCAAGCCAAAAAUUUUACAAACACUUUAAAAGUAGGUGUGGAAUCAAACAGCUGAAAGAAGCCCAUUGAAUACCCCAGCCUUGUCCAACCUUGUACAGAAUUUUUUCUGGGAAAGGGCUCUUCAAACAUUAUGCUUAAUUUUUGUUUUGGAAAGACUUUUUUUUUACUUAAGUUUCAAAUGACCAGAAGCAAUGAAAGAAGUCAUUACCUAGCCUUGACACCUGAAGAAAACUUUUUGUUGUGAUCAUUUAACCAUGCAUACAUCUUUGACAUGUCUAGGUUUACCAAAGCAUCUCUUUCAAAACCCUUGAAAUGCCUGUAGCUGCGACCCUCUUGGUAUUUGAAAACUUCACUUUCAUUUAGCUUUUUCAACAGUACAUCUAAGUCAACUACAGGAAAACGUUGAAUAUGCUUUCCUGAGCGUAUAAACCGCUGAAGAAGUCUGUCCACCUUUCCACUAAUGUUCCUGACAGGUUUCUCAGCAUGGCAGAUUCUUGAUACUGCCUUCUCUGAGAGGUUUGCUCCAAUGUUACAAUAGCCUUGCUUGUUGAAAUUGUAAGUAUGCUCCACUUCUAGGUCAUGUGGAAUGUUGUUUCCAAGACCUCCAUGAUUGUUAACAGUCCUGUUCCACACAAAGAUCUUUGACUCCUUCUGGCUUAAAAUAUUCACCAAGAGCAGCUGGCACAGGCUCUCCAGUGCAUACUUGGUACUGUGUGGGUCAUCUGCUUUACAUAGAAGCAUUAGAUACUUGUAUUGUCUCAUGAUCCGCUGGCCAUCCCCUUCUGAGACAGCAUCCAAAAAGUUCAUAAAGAAAAGUCCUUCUGAGAGAAGUGCAGCAUUGUAAUUAAAAACAUCAUCACUACUUUUGGACGCCUGGUCUGUGGUUGUGGAUGAAGUUGUGGUUGUCACUUCUUCUAUUACAACUGGUGGAUCAUGACUUAAUUCAUGUCUUCUCCUGCUCUUGCCAUUGUAUUUGAAGGAUGUGUUACACCCUGGAAACCUACAAGGGAAACGGCCAUCCUCAUUAACAUCCAAACAUCUUUGAAUUUCCCUUCUUUCCUCAUCUGACACCAGUUCUUGCAAAGAACCAUUCAUCAUUGCUUCAUCAAUAACAAUUUCAUCCACAAUCAUGCCAGCAGCUUUUGUGUAAGAACUGGAGCCUUUGCAAUUUGUUCCAGUUAGGAAGGUCCUCUGGGAAAGGGUAAUGCAGUGGUUUUUCGUCUUUGCUUUUUAAGCCAAGAACAUGGAAUGCAGCUGCCAAAAUCCUGGCUUUCACCUCUAAAAUCAAGAAAUCCCUAUCUGGUCGGUAGGCAGAGUGUGGAUCCUCUCUCACAUUUCUCCUGUUAAUAAGGUUUCUGUCUGCAAAUAGGGUGCAAUGGUCAUCUGAAGAACUCCCUGAGUAAAAUCUUGAAAUAGUAACUUCAAAUAAAUCAUAUAAAACAAUGUUACAAUAAUGGUUUCUACAAUGAUUAUAACAAAGUAUUGAUAUAGUUUUGGAUAAAAUCUACAUACAGUACAAAAGAGUACUAAAGUGGUGACAUCAUAAAAAUUAAAUUUCGGAAAUUAUGGGUUUUGUCAGGAUAUUUUGAAAGAACAAUACCCAACAGGUCUACUUGCCAAAAAAUUAAUGACCUUUUAGGGGGCAAAUUGCCUCUGAGAUAUUAGCCCAGUUAUGUUAAGAAAACUCCAAAUAAACCCUUCUAAUUUUUCUUGGGUCAAUCCCCAAAAAUUAGAAGGGUUUGUAUAGAGUUUCAGAGCAUAAGUGGCUAAUAUCUCAGAUACAAUUUGCCCCAAAAUACUAUGACAUCACCACUUUAGUACUCCAUAUGGAGCCUAGAUAAAUAUUAAUGAUGGGAAGGAUUAUAUCAUAAGCAAGCAGCUGCUUUAAAUGUAAAGUAGUAGUAGUAGGAAUCUUUUUCAAAUGGAUUUAAUCAGUUAUUGACUGUAAUUAAGAUUUGAUAGAUGCGAGUGAAGUUUAGGAUACAUGUAUAUUUUCAAACAGUUAGGACAGGUCAUGCAUCUUUGCAAGUUUAAGGUCACCAAUAUUCUCUCUUUUGUGGUAAGACAUUCUUAGUGAUAAUAAUUUUCACACUUUUUAAGGCACACAUUCUUUACCUCAAGUAUCUUGACCCCUGUGUGCCAGUCACCAAGCUGCAUGGUAAACCCCUCAAGGCGGUCUUCAGCUGUAUGACCAUUGGACACUGAAUGUAUUGCAUUCACAGCUCUUUCAACAGAUAGCUGAUCCCCGUGCAUAUCUGACUAGCAAAUUUCUUCUCGCCUUGAAUAGUUACAGUAGGCAGGUAUGUUUGGAAAUGUCGAGGAUAUCAAUCAUGUCUUCAGUCAGGUUUUCAUUUUUAAAUAACACACCCAUUGGAAGCUGAAAUGAAUAAUUUAUUGACAUUACCACAUUUAAAAUUCACCAUUAAAAUCCUAUGUUAAUUUGUUAUUGUUCAUUGCCAUUGCUUUACUAAAUAGGAAAGUGACUCACUUGAAACUUUAGGGGAAAAUAAUACCUUAUUACAGCUGAAACUCAGAACUUACUUGCUCUUUCAAUCAGCCUUAGCUUAUUCAAAGCAAAUUAAUUAUCCUGUUGUAUAUUACUCAAAUAAUAGUCCCCCAUAAAUGUUUUUCACACCGCAGUUAUGUUAUCAUGAGAGUAUAAUUUGACAGGAAAUUUCAUUGAAAUAUACAGUAUAAUAUUUUACAUGAUAUCAGAGGCUGUGCACAUUAUUUACUUGGCUACAGGAAACAUCUAUACCAAUCUUAUUAUUCUGGUACUAAACUAUCUGGAAGUUACAUAAAAAAUUUCACACCUAGUCCUGUGUUCCAAACCCCUCUAUUACCACCAGGCUUUUCAGUGGGUUAGCGAGGUGCAACUGUAUAUUUCGAUGUGGCCACACAUUUACAGUUAAAUAGUCACAAGUAAUUGUUGUGACUAAAAUUGAAUUGCUUCAUUCAUGAUGCAUGAAAGCAGAUAUUAAAGGGGAAAACUUUGAAAAUCAGUACAAAAGCAGAAAGCAACAUGAAAGUACCCAAAGGAAAAAAGAAAAACUUACAACUUCUGACUUUUGGCCAUCUCAUUGGAAUACUUGUGAGGAAUAUGGAAUACACACACAUCCUUGAGAGCUGAAAAACAAUCUAAAUGCUCCACAAGAACUCUUGAUAUCAAAACUGUGUAGUUGUGACGCUGAAACUUCUGAUCGUCGACAGUGGGAAACAAUUUAAGAUUUGAAAGGGAAGUAAUGUCCCUUGGUGAAGUCUCAAGACAACCUCCAGAAACUCUGUUCAUUAUUAUCUUGUGAUUGACCCAAUGAAAAUCCAAGUUUUGGUUGUCCUUGGUCAUAUGUCUGCACUCACGCUUUCCAUCAAUAUUAUCAAACGCAAUAGCAAAACCAGGAUGCAUGUUCUUCUUAGCUUGUUUUAGUUCAAAUUUGGCUUUUGUAGCAUCAUCAGCACACUGCUGGGUACAUGGAUGUUCAUUUGAACUGCAACUGCCAGUAAUUGCCACUACCUUCCUUGUGUGUUCUAGUACAACUUCCUCCUCAUUGGACAUUUUCUUUUGUAAGUCCAGAAUUUCCUGACCAUGAUUUUCACCUAACACAUCAAAUUUUGCACGAACUUUUGCGGCUGAACAGGUGACCUUCAUCUUGGAUAAUCUGCCAAAGGUUGCCUUGUAACAAAAGAGCAAGAGAUCAAAAUUUUGAUUAUAUUGUUUGUCCUAAAAAAUCUACAAGUAUUAAGAAAUAUUAAUAUCUGAAGGUUCAUGAAUAAUUAAGAAUAACAAUGCCAAGACCCCUCGUCACACUGAUAGCCAAAAAACAAAGAAUUCACCUUCCUUAACCCUUGAUUCAAACAAAAUCUAAUGUGUAACUGAUAAAUGUCUGUAUGAAACAAAACUAUAUGAAACACUUUUACAGCUGAUUUAAUUAAUAUUAAACAAUUAAUCAAGUUAGUUUUAACUCGACUUUCAAAAGCCCUUGUAGAUGCAAAAUAAUCUAUGACUUGUCUUACCUCCAAAGAUCGUGAUUUGAUAAGGAUUCCAAGAACUGUUGCACAGCCAUUCAUGUGUGAGUUUCGCUGCUUUAACAGGAUCGACCCUGCGACUGCUAUGCUAGGAAGCCAUUCUGGAGCAAUCUCCUUUCGAGUAGUUGUAGCACAUGUCAUUAGAAAGGCAUAGAAGAUAGGCGCUCUUUCUUUCCAUUCAAGACACAGUUUCUCGAAAUCGAAGUUUACAAUCUCUUCCUUUGUGUUGGCUCUUAACAUGGAAGGUUGUUUUCUGCUACAGAUACCAUUAAUUUGCGACGUCAUUAGCUGGAGAACUUUUUCCACGACAAUUUUCUUCAGUUUAACAUUCUUCAGUAUUGCUUUGGCAAUGCGCUGUUCGAAACCGGAGGCAAUCGCCUUUCCAAGAACUGCAAGGUCAUCGUUUAAUUCCUUUCGCACAGUUUUGCUGGGAUAUUCAACGGAAAGAUAUACUUUCGUUUCGGUGAUCGAUCGUUGUGAAAUCUCGCGCGGCGUCUUUGGUGUUGAGGACGACAUAGGACAGAACUGCAUAGGACCAACAAUUCCCGACGACUGUACACAAUUUGGUGCUCGAAAAAUCGAGAGUGGAGCGAUUGGGCUAAUGGCACCAAAACCAAAAACCGGCGGAAGCUUUGUAAAAGCAGACACACAAACAUUAUCUGGAGGCUUUAAGCUUACUGGUAAUGGUGGUCCCUGCGAAAUUUCACCCGACGGGUUGGAGUCAAAACUUAAACUCUUCCUUGCCUCCGGCGCUUUUGUUGAAUCUUUUGAUAAUCUUUUGAUACGGAGAGGUCCGUUACUUUCAAAUUUCUGCUUGAUACCAUCGACGAUCUGGUUGACUUUUUUUUAAGGCCUUGUUGUAGGCAUUCAACAUGUUAUAACACAAGCGACAUAUCGCGAGGUUCUCGCUGCCGACAUAAACACCCAAAUCGACUCCAAGUGCGCGAUGAAUUAACGCACCAAUCUGCAAUUCACUCUUGCCAAAGAUCUUCACUUUCUCCUUGAGACUGGGAAUUUUAUCCUUACACAAAAAACAAUCUCCUUCGGCCGAGGUAACUUUUUUCGGCGUUUCCCCACUCAUGGGUGCAUAAUGCCACUUCUGAAGCAGUUGUCGGUCCUCGCGAUUUCCCGCGUGUCUUCAAUAACAUCUUUCUAUCACUCAAUUUCAUUGGUCGAGUAAAGAAGAAAAGAAAUGACGUCACGGAAAUCGUUUUGGAGCUCGAGAUCGCAGACGCUAUUUUUCGGAGGGAGAGAAGCGACGACCGGAAAUGCGUCUGCUGUUCGCAGGCUACCUUGUUGCGGGCAACAAGAGGAGCCCAUAAUCCUAAUCUCCAGGUUGUCGUUAUGCAUGCAUGGCAUGUUUGUAGCCAGUGUUCGUUUGGACUUCCACUAAGAAUGAAUUGAAUGAACAAAAUGCAAUUUGAUCGAUUGUUCUCGCCCGCACUCAAUAACCUUUGGUUAUUACUUGUAACAUUAUUUUUUUACUAAUCUAGAGAACCUUGGUGGAGACAAAUCCUUAUCUAUUGGGCAUUACCAUGAUCGUCACAUUAGUUCACACUGUCUUUGAAUUUCUGGCUUUUAAAAAUGGUAAGUUAAUUUUCUUGCUCACAUGUCAAAUAUCUUCAAAUGCAUGCAAACCCUGCUAUAAGCCUUAAGUGUUGCCAGCUCAACACAGUGAAUGUCUGGGUCUUUGCAACUGUGCACUGAAAUUUCAAGUAAUGACGCGGACAUUUAUUUGAGCAAAGCAAUAUAUUGCAGUAUGGCUAUAUUUAGUAUUUGAAUCACUGUUGGUAAGCCUACUAUAGACCCUGGUGGGGGGAGGGGGUGGGGUGGGUGGUUCCUAGUAAUAGUAAUAACGGGGAUGUGCCGCUGGAUGGGGUCCCACCUUUUUAGGAUUUGAGGGGGUAAGAAAAUUUUGGUAACUAGGAAUUUGAAAAAAAAUGUGUCAAUUCAUCUUAGGAUUACCUGUUUAAAAGGCUUUAAAAAGGUAGAUGCAUAAAUAGAAAGUGACUAAGUUGGGAUUGCAAAAAUUUCAUUGGCCCAAAAGUGAGUAAGAUGGGGUUUAUAUUUGGGCACAGAAUUGACUAUAAUGGGGUAGGGGUUCUCACAAGCUAGUGGUA